CCCCUUCACACGCGAUCGCGAACGGACGUGCGCUGGCUAAAUUAAGUCGUAUUGUUUUACACCGGUAUGAGAUUGUGAUUAAUAAAUAAACUAUGAGGUUAUUAAUAUUUUGUGCUGUGUUAUUUGCGGUGGGCGGCGCUGUUAAAGCCCAACAGAACUAUGGCCCAGAAUACUGGGACUACGAGAAUGAAUAUGACUUUGAUAAUGGCUUAGAUGAUACAGACUCAAAACAAGAAGACAUUGACCAACCAGUUGAAAUACUAGAUGUUGAACAAAAGACUGAAGCACAUACUGAAGCGGACAAAAUUGUUGGCUUCCCAGACUACCAGAUCGAAGACAACAGGUCAAAUUCUGGAGAAAACAAGCAAAUCGAUCCAGAAAUUCUGACCGAAGUAAAGAAUGAUACUAUUGUAGACGAGGAAGCUGAACUUCACAAAGUUUUACCCCUUGAGGAGCCUAAAGGAUUACCAGAUCAGAUCAGUGAAGUGUUCAAAGAUCUCGGCAUCGGAGAUGACACGUUUGACGAUCAGCCAGAGGACAAUGAUGCUCCUCUACCGGUGCCAGCUGCAGAACCAAAGGUUGAAGCUGAUGAAACUCCAGAUAAUUCAAACGAAGCCCAAGAUUACUUAGACCAGUUCUACCAAGAGGCACCAGUCGAUGAUCAGGAAAUCAAUGACAUAAUUGAAGAAACAAACAAACUAUUGUCAGAUAAUGAUGAUGCGUUUGAUGACAAUGAUUUCGAUAACUCUAAUGAACAGGAACAGGACAACAGUGAUGAAGACGUAUUCAAUGAAAACGAUGACAAAGUUGAGGAAGACACACCGGAGAAAGUAUAUGCUGACCUGAAUGCUGACUUGGCGAAAUUAUUAGAAACAUUCGAUAAAUUAAGAGACUCGGAUGAGGAUAAGGAUACUGCUGAAGAAGCCGCUGAUGACGAUAUACAGGAUUAUGAAGAGAAAUACGGCAAACCUUACAAAGAAGAUGUUGUCAUGUCAUGGAGAAACGCAGAAGCCGACGCGGCUGAGCCAGAAGACUCUAACCAAGACGAUGAAACUGCCGAUGACGUCAACAAGGAAACAGUAGAAGAGAAUCUGGUUUCAGAUGAAGAGAAUGACAGCGAUGACUACGAACAAAUAGACGAUAGCAAUCUAUCUGAAAUAUUUGCUGACAUUGUGGCGCCUGAAAAAUACAAGGCUUUAGAUCAAGAACUUGUUGCUCUCGAAGCAACAACCACAACAGUUGACGUAGAAACAACAACAGCAACAAUUGAGAAAAAUGACGAAGCUAAGGAGGCUUUUGACCUUGAUGUUGAACAAAGGGCUAGCUUGAUAGAAAAUCCGCAACCAUACGGAAAUGACGCUUUAGUUGACGAGAACCAGCCGAAGAACGAAGAUGCUGUCGAAUUUGAAGCUGUUGACGACAAAGAAAACAAAACCGUGAUGGUCGAUGACUUGUCGAGUGCAGAGCUCAGUGAAAUCAUGAAACAGUUUGUUGUGGCCCACAGUGAAGACUUGGAUGUAAACUCAGAAACUUUCUCGAAGCAUAUAGCUCCUAUUCAUGUAACUCUUUCAGUAGACGAGCCUACUGUUGUGACUUCUCCUGAAUAUCCUAAUCCCUACCCUGCGAACACUGUCAUUGAUUGGAUAUUCGAAGGCCCGGGCACUGGUAUUGAGCUGAACAUCACCGACUUUGCUGUCAACGGAGCGAUUGGCGACUACCUUCUUGUGAAACCAGGUGGUGUGGACGCCAGUGGUAAUGAUGGUCUGAUAUUCUCGUACCGCCUGAAUUCUGUGCGCAAGUAUCGCUUCUCCGAUGUCAACCGUAUGUUCGUGAGGUUCGAAGCUAAAGAGUCUUUCUGGCAGAUCCAGAAAGGUUUCUCUUUCAGCGUUAAACUUAUGUGGCCUCUUCCUCAAAUCGGUGAAGAGAUCCCGGAACCAGAGCCCGUGAUCAGACCACCCGAGGAGACUCUAACUCUCAACCUAGCUGGACUUACCCUGCCGAAGUUCAGGGAGAUCAAACAGGACUUUAUCGAGCUCAUCGCUGACAUGGCCAAGGCGUACAUCAUUGAAAAUGACAUCGAUCAAGGACUUAAUACCACGUAUGAAGUCACUCAGAUCACCAGGACUGGCGUCUGCAACAUCCAAUGGCCGGAGUACGAGAACUGCGUGGAGGUGACCUUCGGGGUGCCUCUGCACUAUGAUGAAGAGUCGGAGUCAGGGCCGAGGCUCAGUGCUAAGGAACUGGAUGACAUGUGGACUACUUACGUUAUAAAGGAACAGUUCUCUGAGAGACUAAGGUCUUUGGGCAUCACGGAGUACGCGAUCCCUGACGACCGGUCGGUGCUGCUGGUGUGGCUGGUCAUAGCUAUCGGUGUGCUCAUCUCCAUGGCCAUGCUGGCCGUCGCUCUCUGGCGGUUCAACUGCUUCGAGGACUACUCCAGGAUGAAGCCGUACGGAGACACAGACAGCAUCCAGAACGAGAAGCGCCACCUGGACCUGUACCCCACGCCGCACCAGACGCUCCCGCCGCUCUACGCCGAGAACGACUACAAGUGGGCCGAUGACAAGUACGAUGAUUCUACCAGAGUGGACAUGGGAGGCUUUGCCAACAAGAGUUAUAUCCGGGACGAGUUGUAUGACCUCGACUCCGACGAAGAUGUCAUCACGCCACGCGACAGGUAUGCUACAAACGUGUAGCCGGCUUCAUAGUGUUUGCUCCUAUGGAAAGGCAUAGUCAGUCCGAGGGAUUUCUAUGACGCGUAAGGGGUGUACGUAAGGAUAUUCCACACAUUAUCGAUAUCGAUAAAUGGACUGAACUUAUCGAUACAUAUUAUCGUGCUUUACAUUAUACAACAUAUCGCUUUAAAUAUAUUGUGAAUGUUAAUUCUGUUGUUUUAUCGGUCGAUUUAUCGAUAUCGAUGAAUGACUAGAUUGAAUUUAAAUAACGUAGUAAGGUAUAUUGUAAGAUUUAAUUGUUGAUUUUAUGUGAUUUUUAAAUAGUUUUAGUUAUUUGUGAAUAUUGUCGAUAAGUAUUUUUAAAGUAUAGUGAAUAAUUGGCCAUAUGCUUUUUCCUUCAUAUAAUUUUCUUCCAAAAAGAAAUUAUCGUUUAUCUUUCAUUAAAAAACAUAAAGUUAUUGCAUUUACUUAAGUAAUUUACUUCUAAAAAUAACACCUAAUUAUGAUAAUUUGAUUAAUUGAAUUUUGGCAUUCCAUUUUUAUACUCAUUAAUUGUAAUUAACCUUGAAAUAUUUUAUCGACAAUAUUCCCAAGAAAUCAAAUAAUAUAAUGUAAUAAAUAGAUAUUAUACCGUUGUAUACUUAAUAGAUAUAUAAAUAUACAUACAACUAGACUUUGUAAAGUACAUGAUAAUAAAAACGUUGUGAUUUUAUUAUUAUUUUUUUUAUAAAAAAAACUUUAACUUCUGUUGUAAAUUAUUUCUAUUUUAUAUUAUUUUUGUUUUCAGUUUUAUUCACGAAUAAAUGGUUAUUUUUUA